ACCUUUCGAUCAUUUUACGUCACUCUUCGCUAUUUGAGAGAUCGGUGCCAUGUCAAGUUUCAAGGACAAAGUAAUUAUAGUGACAGGUGCUAGCUCCGGCAUUGGCGCCGGUGCUGCCGUACAUCUGGCCAGUCUGGGAGGACUUGUCACAAUUGUUGGCCGCAAUGCUGACAAAUUGACGGAAACUGCGAAUAAUAUAGUGGCUGCUGGUGGCGCUCCUGCAUUGCAGGUGAUUGCGGACAUGACCAAUGAAGCAGAUGUGGAGAAAAUAGUUACGGCUACGCUUGAGAAACACGGACGCAUCGAUGUGCUGGUGAACAACGCGGGCAUCCUGGAGACUGGCACCAUUGAGAACACUUCGUUGGCCCAAUACGAUCGGGUGAUGAACACAAAUGUGCGUGCGCUGUAUCAGUUGACCAUGUUGGCCACUCCGGAGCUGAUCAAGACCAAGGGCAACAUUGUCAACGUGUCCAGCGUUAACGGCAUACGGUCCUUUCCUGGGGUGCUGGCUUACAAUAUUUCCAAGGCGGCAGUCGAUCAGUUUACACGAUGUGUGGCUCUCGAACUGGCUGCCAAGGGAGUCCGCGUUAACUCCGUUAAUCCUGGCGUGAUUAUUACUGAGAUCCACAAGCGUGGCGGCAUGGACGAGGCCACCUAUCAAAAGUUCUUGGAGCACUCAAAGACCACCCAUGCGAUGGGUCGUCCUGGCAAUGUCAAGGAAGUCGCCGCAGCGAUCGCUUUCCUUGCCAGCGAUGCUGCCAGCUUCACAACCGGAGUCAGCCUGCCGGUGGAUGGUGGCAGACAUGCAAUGUGUCCUCGCUAAAAUAAAAUCAACUUGUCAAUAAUUGCAGCUAGCAUUUAAUAAACUUAAUAAUCAACUAUUAA